AUGAUGCAUGUAUGUGUUUGUGUGUCAAAGCAUCUAAUCAAACUCUUAGCUUCUCAUUACCGACUGGUCCUGAGUCAUCUCUGAGAAUUCAUCACUUUUUGGCUUUGAUUGAAUGUAAUACGUCGGUUUCUCCUUUGAUAGUUUGCGGCUUCUAUUACUUAUUACUACUUAUUACUACUUAUUACUGUAAUGUAUGUCUUGUAUGUCUCGCGGCAUCACAAAUGUAUACUCCACUUGUUAUGACACAAGAAAUUCUUCUGGGGUUUGUACAUGAUUCAUCCCGUAAAGACUGA